AUGGCUAAAGAAUAUCAGAAGUUGCUUGACGAGCACCUGGAAAUAGAGGCUAAAAAGUAUGAAGAGAGAAAAGAAAAUGUUAAAAGAAAGCAAAAAAAUCAACAAUUCGAGUAUUCUGAAUUGGACCUAAUAGAUUCUAAAAGCGUCAAUGAAUUUGUUGAAAAAUUUAAUAAAAUUUCACGUGAGAUUGGUGAUACGGAACCAGUUCUAUACAAAAUGGUCGAAUUACUCGUGAGACAUCCAUCCUCAUGGCCUCGAAUACGUUUCAUAUUCUCAAUAAUCAAGAAACUACUCAGUCAAAAUCCGAUGCCAUCAACAUUAAUAGUUGUCGAACCAGACAUUGACAACAACAACAAUAUGAUAUCACGUGCUUCAAUGCAACAAGAGCCACAAGUUACAAUUCCACAAUUACUUCGAUUUUUUCCAAACUUUUUCAAUAUCAAUUUUCCAUCAUUAUGGAUGGGCGCGAUUUGUUUCCUCUUGAUUAUCAUGCGAGAACAUGAACGUGAUUUUGUGCAAGUGAAAUUGGAAUUAGUUGUUGCCCUGGUUAAAGUGGUUAAAGGGAUUUUUAAGAUGUGUAAUACUUUGCCAAAGAUACUUUCUGAAGUACAGUUUGAGUGUGUCGAUAAGAGUCAUCAAUUUAUUGAUGCACUUUUGGUCGGGAGAGGUUGUAGUGGUGUUGGUGUUGUUUCUUUUUAUCAGAUCAUUGUGGAGUUACCCAAUAUUUACGGUGAACCAGUGAACGGGCGUUUCAAAUAUGUUCAUUGGUCGAUGGAACAAAUCAUUGAUGAACUUUGUAAACGAAGAAAAAAACUUUCACAGUUGAUGAUUCCACCUGGCAAUCGUAGUCAUGAAUAUGUUCAUUUAGCUUCCUUACCAAAUAAUACGCCAUUUGCUAGUGAAUAUCAACAACUGAUCAAAGACGAGCAAACCACCGACUUAGCAUCACACUUUCGCGACAUGUUUUUCCAACAUGCACCGAUUGAAGAAGUCAAAUUAAUGGUAAAGCUAAUGAAAUCGAGUCGAAUUGGGUUGCAGCAGAUACGCGCGGCUAUUCGCAAAAGGGUUUUGGAUGUGCUAAAGUAUACGCAGCGAAGAUGUGAUUUUAGAGCAAUAAAAGAUUAUUCAGCACAGCCGUCGGAAAUGUUGAUACCAGAAAAUCUGGAUUACUGGGAGCUUAUUUUAGAAGUCGCUGAUCAGCUAUAUAGUUUGGUUGCUGCAGACUACUUAAAAUACGAAGAUUUGCUCACAGAUUUCGUCAAUCUGGUACAUAGCAACAAUAGUAUUGAACCUCGUCGUCGACCAAUUAUUGCAAAAGAUAAUACAUUGAUUUGGUUGCUUUUACAACUUUGGCGUAUCCUUUUUAUCUUCAGUUUCGAUUUUAUUACGCAUAUUGAAAAUGUCUCAAAAGAAAUAUCAAAAGAUCUUCAAUCGGACGAACGCCUUUUCCUCAUGUUUAUCAGUUUAUAUAAUGAAAAUCAGAUCAAAUCACGAGACGCGUUCUAUCUAAGGGAUUUGUCUUUGCCUUGUGGGUUGAUUCUUCAACAUGAAUCUUUAAAAAAUAAAAAUAAUUUAAAGUAUCGACAUCCUUCCUUGGCGCCUGCAUUCUAUUAUUCGCCAUUGUGCCAUGAAUUACUGCGCACUUUUCCAAAAGCUUAUAAAGAACAAGUAACAAACCACGAUCUCUUUCGAGACCUGCCACUUCAAAAAAUCAUCGAACUCGCCACUGUAAGUCAAGCGCAAAAAAUAGUAGUCGCGAACACGUUGUAUGUGUACCUGGUGCCUGACAUGUCGGUCAAUAUUAGUAAAUUGGGUUUUCAGCACGCAAAAUUCUUGAAGGGUGGAAAUUUCGGUUAUAAGUUGCUGGAGUAUUUGAAUGUUUGUCAGAAACAUAGACUCGCUCAAAUCAUUUACAAAAUGAUGCUUGGAGAUAGUUUAAUUUUCAAAGACACUUCGCAACAGAUUAAUUGUGUUUCUCCAUAUGUUCUUGAUGUGGUGUACAAGGUGCUUUACGGUGCUCCGUGGUCUCUCGAAUUAAUGAUGCUCGAGAUAUUUCAAAAACUAAAAAAAGUGGAUAUUUCACACAAGAUAAAAAUAGAAACGAUUAGUAGUGGUAGUAAUAACGUUGGAGGUAGCAGCAAUAGUGGUGGUGCAAAUAGUGAACAACAACAGCAGCAAGCAUCAUCAGAAAACUUGAUGUACUGGCAACACACAAUUCUCGAGCUUUUCAAUUUCCGACUAUUACGCUUUCUAAAGUUCUUGCCGCGUGCGCCUGAUUUUUUUGAUUAUAUAAAGUACUCGCUAUCACAUUUGGAACAUCGACAGAUGUACCGAGGGGUUGAGAUGUUUGCUAUCCACGCUAUGAUGAUACAAAUAAAUGUCAAAUUUAUCAGAUCUAUCGCAGACCCUAAUCGCGAUAAACCAAUAUGGUUUGCUGAAUCUGAAAUGUUGGCGCGAAUUAUGAUUUUGACUAUUUCGAGACUGAUAAAAUUCAGAGGCUUUUCUGACAUUUCUCCGGAACUUGUACAGAACGUACUUGACAUUCUAUGUUCUAAACCAUUAGCCUGGUCAGAAAAUACACUCAAGUACUUUCCGGAUUCCAUAAAACUGUAUCUUGCUAAUCAGACUAUUGAGAAAACUCUGGAACCGAAAGAUGUGAUUAAUAAAAUUUACGAGCUUUUCAAAACAGAUAAUACAUCACAAAAACUGCUAAAAGGUGUGGCAUUGGAGAAAUCUGAAGAGGAACUUUUGGCGCAGCAGUAUUCUCAAGUUGAGAAUCAGCCGAUUUUAUUGUGUAUUAUAUGGACUAUAUGCGUGGUUAAGAAACAAGUGAGCUCGACCUUGAUGGAGCCACUGCGUAAACUUUUACUACAUUUUCCUCCGUCACGUAUGUCCACGUACACUAUCGACAUGGUGGAUUUUGUGGUUGAUCAAGAAUAUGAUACUACCGGUAUUGAAGUGCCAUACAGACUACUUGGGGAUCUGAUAUGGACGUACCAAAUAGUAGCUUUUGAACACGUAAUUUUUGCACUAAUACGUGGCAACAGAGAUCACGAUCACAAGGCCAAAGUGGCGUUCGGAUUUCUCGACUACCUAUUAUUCAAAUCUGAAGGGUUUCAAUCUCGAGUCGAUUACUUUAUCUCGUUGAAUUUCAACCCACGGUACUGGACCGAAGACGACUACCAUGAUAAAUUGAUGAAAUAUCUGGAAAAGUAUCCGGAAUUCUUUGAGUUUGAAGCAUUUGCAAUGGAUGGUUACGAAAAUGUUAAAAAAAUUCUGGAUCCUCCGGUCCCUACUCAGAUGCCAAUUUAUUAUUCUUUCGUGAUUGCAAGAACUCUCCCGAUUCUUGAUAUUGUGAUUGGACGAUUGAUUGAGUAUGGGGAGAAAGAGAUGCUCAUAAAGUUAUUGGAAAAGUAUGGAUGUUUAUACAAGUAUCAUCAGACCCCGUUGUCGUUUAUUCGAGAUUUGUUCCAAUAUUAUCAUUCUGAUACGCUGCGAGAUCCGAUAAUAAGUAAAAAAUUGCUUCACCUACUUGAUUUUGGCGAAUACGAUAUUGCACCUGAGUUAUUGCAGUACGCGUCUGAUGAGCAAAAUAAAGGAGAAAUUUUUGAUGAAAAGUAUUUCCACAGGGUUUUUCAAAAGCUUGCAGACUAUAUGUCCCCAAAAAAAUGCGGACCAAAACCAAACUCAAAACUCCCCGAGAAACAUUAUCGCGAAGUUUCAAAUCCAACGGUACAAGCUCUCUACAUAGCAUGUAUCGAGAUAAUGGCAACCCCUGUCGCGCCAGAAAAUAUCCUGACAAUGGCGUUAGAUAUUGUGCUUGGACGAGAUCGAAGGCACACUGCUGUCGCGCCGAUUGUUAUUCAUGCCAUCGCGUUAAUAUUUUCAUUUUUGCCGGCUGAUAUGUUUCUUCUUGGCACAUUUAAUGAAAUUAUUAAUGUCGUCAAGAGUGAUGCGCAUCUUUUGGAGUUUUCGGUGCCUUGUAAUUUGUCACGGAAAUCCUUUAGAGACCAUCCACCAGGACAAACAACAUCAUCUUCAAAUCUUCCACCCUCAACAACUUCAACAGCUUUUCCACCCUUAUUUUCCGCGCUUAGCCUUGAUGAUGUACUUCGUCCUACUGGACUCCAUACUGAUCCAUCCUCUACUUUAUCGCAAUUACAAUCAUCGCCAUCUUUACUACUACAACAACAACAGUCUAUCAGAACAAUAAUGUUUCCAUAUAUUUUCAACGACUACAUUUCAAAUCUUCACAACUACACCACAAAUGUUCCUAAUAGCUUUCUCACAUUUAUUCACAGCCUACUACACUAUUCGAAUACUGAGAUGCUCGAAUUACUCUUGUCGAAUUUGAUGUUGAAACCGGAAGAUGGGAUACGGACUGAUACCCAGAUCUUGUAUUUAUGUGCUUUGUUGGGGCCGGUGUUGUAUCGAAUGGAUAAAGCUCCGAUUACUUUAAAAGAGUUUCUGUUAAAUAUAUUGCACCUGCUUCAUCAUGUCACCUCAUCGAAUAUGCGUGUCGAAGAUAUUACCACUGGACAGAGUACACUGGCACUUGAGCAAAUCUAUGAUUUUUUACACCAUGUGAAACCAUUGAUUGCUUCAGACCACCAAGUGAUGUUACGUAUCCAGAAUAUUGUUCGACUUAUGAAACCAUCUAUUCAAAAUCGGUUAUGUGGGUUUAUGUGGAUCCCGGAUAACCGACGAUGA